CUUUCGGAUGGUAGAGUGGACCUCUCCUUAAAAGUCUGGUGGAUUUUCCAGUUUCUCAUAACAAUGAGAGAAAUUCUAAAACGCUUUGGAAAUACGAAACAAUGUCCGCCAUUAUUCUGGCUUUCUGAUCAUUCCACCUGGCAGAAAAGCAUUUAUAUGAUGUACUUCAGUCAUAAGAAAAGAGAUCAAGCUGACAGAACCAAUACAGAGUCAAUUAAAAAUCUUUUCUUGAUCAAAUAAUACUGUAAAUCUAUAAUAACUUAUAUACAAUAUUGUUAAAUUAUAGGAACUAAAUUUUCAAACCAAGAAUUAAUUGUACAACAGAUGAAAACAGCAAAAAGAAAUUUGAAUGUAGGCCUAAUUGAGUUUACUUUAUCAAUGUACAGCUGUAGGUGGUUAAUCUACCUGAAAAAUGUAAUAAUUGUAAUUUUUAAAAUAUAUAGUCUUUAUUAUAAUUGAAGUUUUAGAAAUGUUUUAAAUAUUUGAUAUCUAUGGUAUAAUAAGCCCUAAUAUACUAUUUACAAGUGUUUUAUUUAUGUACAAACAAUUAUUUUAAAUAGUAUUAAUGUAAGGACAAACAGCAGACAUUUUAAUAAUAACCUAUAAAUUGUUAGGGCAGAAUAUCAUUCAGAUACUAGUACAACAGUACGCAGGUGAUUGUCAUCAAAGAUACCAUUAUCGAGGGGUGUUUGUUGAUUCUGUUUUCUGGAUUCAAUCUGACGUAUAACAAUGGCUGCGUAUAAACUUUACACGAUGUUUCUGUGUAUUUUACCCUUCCUAGCGAAGGGAAAUCUUAACGACGGUUAUCAGCAUUUACUCGAAGAAAUUGAUACUGUUACAGAAAUGGAAUUAGAGGUAUUUGGUAAUGAAACGAUUAUGGAUCAUUAUCGAAGGUUAAGACAACAUUUAACAGCAGAUUAUGACGUUAAUGCUCGCCCUGUUAAGUACAACACUAACGUCACAGAAGUUCAUGUGUUUAUAGAUCCUUUAUCUAUCAUGAACGUGGAUGAAGAGAAACAAACCAUGGAUUUAGACUGUAUUAUCGUUCUAUGCUGGAUAGAUGAACAUUUGAUUUGGAAAGAAAGAGAAUUUAAUAAUAUUUCAAUGAUAACUAUGCCACCAAAAUCUAUUUGGAAACCAGAUAUUUACGAAAUACAUUACGGGUAAGUUAAUUUUUCAAAUCUAUUAUCCGUUUU